AUGGAGUUCCUCCACCUCCUGGGCCCCUUCCGGGCCACGUCAUUCGGGCCACCCGACUCCUGGUGCUGCGUGGGGCCCACAUCAUUCGUCUUGGCCAGUCGGCUGAGCUUCUUCCACCCGCUGGUCCACGCGGACGAUGACUGCUUGGGCUUGAUCGCGGCCCGCGGCCCAACCCUCCUGAAACGACUGAGGCGUGCCCUCCAGCAGAGUCCGCCGGCUGGGGACGAGGGGCUGGUAGUGGUGGGGCCCACCACCGGAGGGUCCUGGCGGAGUCUGGAAGAGACUCCGCCAGAACCUGAAAUUUGGUCAACGAAAGAUUUCGAUCUCUUGACACCUCAGUCAAAUAGCUGUCGACCAGCCUCGCCACCCUGGCCUUGGCAUUCGGAUUUCCCACCACUGCUCUGUGGGCCCCAUCGUCUGAUAACAACUGCUGCUGCUGCUGGCUGGGGCUCGAAUCCUCCGACUGCUCGUGCACGAGAAAGUGCUCUAGCAGGCGCUGCACGAGGUCCACGUCGUACAUGGUCUCGGUUUUCCCUGGGUAUGAGGAGGUCGGCUAGGGCUGCUUGCUCGAAUUGCAUUCCGACACGUUUUUCGAGCUCCGUGACGAGUGCAGGUGCUACUUUGAGCAUGUUGGCUGUUCUCAGAAGUCGGAGGAGGAAGCUGCAUGAGACGCUGUCUUUUUGUGGGGGGAUUAUGCUUAUCAGGCUCUCCACUAUCAUCCUCUGGUCCUUGGCCUGCACGCACAGAGCUUGCAGCCGGCAAACUUUCUUCCUUAACCCCCGACACAAUCAUAUGCAACCCACCUUUCCACCCCCCACCGCCACUACUCCCACCAUCUUCUGCCACCUGUCCCGAGAGCCACUUCCCGGCAUAAUACGUAAUAGCAGCCCCAAUAAGAUCAUGCCUCAUACCCUUCACCUUGAUAGCCGUCACAACCCUCACAAAAUGAUCGAUCCGCAAAAUCGACACAUCUUCAAACCACCAAUCGGGCGGAACAGCUGCCCUGCCCGGGCUGGCCGAAUGGCCCGAAUCCUUAGCCUCGUUAUUCCACCUCGGGCUCGACGAGGCCCGGCCCGUAUACUGCCACCGGAUCCCUUUCGGGUUCGCGCAGGCCUUCCAAGCAAUGGACUCGCUGCACCUGCGCACGAUCUGGAGAUUCUCGGCCCACGGGGAAAGGGGCUCGCAGCUUUUCAGCACGAUAAUCGAGUCUCGCCAAGAGGAGAGGACUACGUAGCUGAGGAAGGCCUCAGUUUUGAAGAUGAGGUUGCCUUCUUCUAA